GCAUCAUGUUUACUCCAAUCUUUACUUCUUUUUUUGAGUUUUCUUAAGUUGUCAACGCAGCUGUCAAGCAUUCAAGCUUUAUCAAUCAUGAAGAGGCAGUCCAAGCUGUCAGGUGCAGCAAACAAGAAAAGAAAAAAGGAGGAAGAGGAAAAACGAGCCCAAAGUAGAGACCAGAUAUCAAUAAUUGCAUGAUGUUGCGAGCAAAGGACCUGAGCGACUAUGAGUUGCUCCGUGAAAAAAAUAUUAAGGACAGAAAGCAAUUGAUUGAUGCCCUCAUGAAAGAUUUCAAUGACUUCAAGGCAUCUGCUUCCAAACCAAAACCUUCACCCAGUGCAUUAAAACCAAAGAGAAUGUCAGAACCCACUCAGUGGCCAGCAAGAAGGGGAAGAAGAACUUCCCGUUUCCAGCCUUAUCAUUCUCCACCUCGAACAAGGUCACGGAGAGGUAGUGUAAGUUCAUCAGUUGCUAGUUCACCAUCUGAUUGGCAACAGUUGGAUGAUGAUGAUGAACAGGAGGCUCAGCCGAUUUUCCUCAAGUUUCGUUUUGGAAAACUCAACAGUGCACCAAAAGACCACAGUGAAGGGGAAGAUUCAGAUGAUGAUGUAACUUGCUAUGUUGAUGAUAUGGAUGUUCAGCGGAUCAAAGAAGCGUCAAGAAAUUUGUAUUCAUCAUUCACAGUAUCUCCGGUUAAGAGGACGAGUCUUGAGGGCACAAGAAAUCAUAGCUUGAAGAAGGGGAACAUCCAAUUUGAUCCUAAUGUUAAUAUAGUAAUGCCAGAAGAUGUCACAGAGAAAGAUCUCAGAAAUAUUGCUGAGCGAAGUGGAACAAAAAUAUACAACCAGAGUAUUGGUACUACAUGUCAUCAGUGCAGGCAAAAGACAAUUGACACUAAAACUAUAUGUCGAUCUGGAGAAUGCUGUGGUGUACGAGGAAUGUUUUGUGGCCCCUGUUUGAAAAAUCGCUAUGGCGAAGAAGUCCGAGAUGCUCUACUGGAUCCAAAAUGGAUGUGUCCUCCUUGCCGUGGGUUGUGCAACUGCUCGAUAUGCAGAAACAGAAAUGGUAAAAGUGCCACUGGAAUCCUUAUCAACAUUGCAAGAGCCCGAGGCUUUGAUAAUGUAAAGGACUACUUAGAGAGCUUGAUUAAAUGAAAUGAUGGCACUCAAAAACAUUGUGAUAAAGUGUUAUGUAGAGGAAGAUUGAUGUUUUGAGUUUAGAGUUGUAACACUGCAUCCCAGAAUUAUAACUGGUAGGUAAUGAUGGUGAUUUUUCUUCUCUUGAUAUCCAGUUUUUAUUUUUUAUUUUUUUUUAUUUAACAAUGUGAGUGCCAUAAUGUUGUUCAAUAAUGGUAGGUAUUUUAGGAUAGUGUCAAUUGUAAACAUGGCAGUGGUGUUUUCUAAGGAAUUAUGGCAGACUAAUAGAAGACCUUUAUUAUUUUUUAUACUGUUUUGUGUUGGUAAAAAUGGUCUGUCAUUACUUUUCUAUGUCAGUUUUUCCUCGAAUAUUUGUGAUUGGAUAUAUUGGCAUGGUAUAAGGUUUGAAAUCUAAAAAAAGUUUUAUGUACUUCAUUUUUCCCUGACUAAAACCUUUAUCAUAAUACCAGUAUCUUCCAUCUCUACUGCACAAAUAGUAUCAGCCUAAUAAUUUUGGAAACUGCAAGUUGGUGUUAUAUUCACUAAUAGACAUUGACUGAAAAAUAUGUAUAAUGAGUUUGGUAAGUGAAGUGAAUGACAGGUUGGUUUGAGAAAAAAUGUAUUUGUGGUUGAUUUUCUGAAGAGGGCUUUAAAGAAUGAAGUUACUCUUGUGCCUUCCUUUAAAUAAUAAUGUACAAAGUAUAUUGAAUAUUCUUUAUAUAUUACUUGUAUGUAAUGUAAUCAUUACUUUGUUAAGCAGAGGUAAGAUUCAUGUGUUCAUGAUAUCCAUGAAAGUCAAGAAUUAUGAAUAUGUUUAAACACAUGUAAGCACUACAAGAGUCUUAAGUUUAAGAAAUGUUCUAUGCCACUUUCGUUUUCUUAAAUGAAGAGUUACAUUCCAUUGCCAUGUUUUUGGGAUAUUUUCCGAGUACCAUAUUUGACUGAUGUAAAACCAUUGCAGGUUCAUGUUACAGUUGUUUCCUGUUUUUUAUAUGUAUGAAAGAAAAAGGCCAAUAUGAGAGGAUUGCAUUAUUUACAAAAGUAAAUGUUUAUAUAAAGUUUUUAAUAGUAUUUUAUGUUAUGUAUGCAUAGAUUAAUUUUGAGUUGUGAAUUGUUUCUUUGAUUGUCCCUUGGGUGACUUUUUUUAUCCUCAUGUUAAUUUUUAGAAAUUGUUAAUGAUUACAUUUUUGAUUUGUCAGCUUCUUGACAGAUAUGUGCUACAAGGUCAGUAAAUGUAGUUCAGUUAUUUUUAAGAAUUCUGUUAGUUUUAAGGCUUUGAUGAAUUCUGCUGGUAGAAAUGAAAAGGAAGUACUGUAAUUUUUAUUACUGUUUUGAAAUAAAUUUUGAAUACGG